AUGCCCCUCUUCAAGAAUCGAAAGUCCAAGUCCCCAUCCAAUCCUCCAUCCACUCCUUCUCCUCCAUCGCGAUAUCAUCCUGGCCGUUCCGGUGAACAACUGGUUCACCCCGCGUUUGUUGCUCCACCGGCCCCCAUCAACACUUUCAUCAACAACAACAACAACAGCAAUCAACGACUUGACGACUACCCAGAUUAUCGUCUCAACUACGACGGUUCCAGCUCGACUUCCACCGACUUGCCUCCGCCACCACCCUCGCAUCAGCGGCCACCUCAGCGUCAGGAACCCACCCAAUCCUCCUCAUUGCACCGCUCGCAGAGCCAGCGUCAGCCCCACCUGCAACAACGCGAUCGACCGACCGUCAGUGUCGUCGCCCCUGAGGAUCCCCAGUCUCGUCGUUCAAAGAAGAGCUUGUUUGUGCGACCCUCGUCCGGCUUUCUCGAGCGCAGUGUCUCCGUCAAGGGGAAAUCCAUCUCUCAUCCCAUCUCCCAGCCCACUUCGCCGCAACAAUCCCCUCACAAUACCUUGGGCCCGACCGACGAGGAUCAAUACAGUCAUCAUCCUCCGAGUUAUUCGGACAACUCGUCCCCCGUCUCUAAUAAUCCUUCGUAUGAACCGCGUACCGCGUCGUUAGCCUACCAGCAGCAGUACCAGCAGCAGCAAUUCCAGCGAGCCUCGCGCGAUAAUCUCGACUGGACCCCGCAGCAACUAUCGCAACAACAACAACAACAACCACCACCACCACCACUACAACAACCGCAAUCCCAAUUGCUGCAACAGCCUCUACCACUGCAACACCGUACCUUCCCCUCUCCGCUUGAACGCUCCAGUACCGAUCCAAGCUUGCUCGAGCAACCUAGCAGCCGCCCAUCCCCCACCGACGCGCCGCCCGAGUCACCCCGUUAUACCCCAGAUCACCAGGGCCAUCGGGCCCAACAGUCCCAGUCACGUAUCCAGCAGGAUCUGGUAUUCAAUUCCCGGCCCCCUUCCCGGCAGACUCUCGAGCUCCUUGCCCCAGUCUGUCAGCAAAUUCAUCCUGACGCCAUGCAGCAGGCUUCCUCACAGGUGUCGUUAUCUCAGCCGCAGUCGCAACAGCAACCACCGCCAACUCCUGUUUCAAACGAUCGGGCCCCAGGCGAUUCGAGUCGACGGGGUAGUACCGCUCAGACCAUGCCAGAACCGGGACGGGGCACUCCAACCGGGACGCGGACAAUCGAAGACCCAAGCGAGAUCGAUGUGCGGGCAUUGCUUCAGAAACAUGAGGAAUUACAGACCAAAUACUCCAAGGUGAAGCGGUACUACUUUGACAAGGAAGCACAGGUACAGCAUCUCCAGAAUACGGUGGCUCAUCAGCGUAUGGCCGUGUCUCGCACCGUAUUAGACGAUAAUGAAUACGCCAACCGGUUCACACGGUUGGAUGGUGCUAUCAAGGAUCUCGCCUUUUCGGUGCGCAAGGACUGGCGUGGUAUUCCGCCAUGGCUACAUGGAUUGGUGACGGAUGAUGCGACUAGUGUGGGCACCAAGGAGAUGACGGCCGUUGGGCGCGCCGUGAUCAGUCGGUGGUUAGUGGAAGAGGUCUUUCAGCGACAUUUCCACCCAGCCUUGGAUCCAGCCCUAAGUGUCCAGCUCAAGAGUAUCGAGAUGAAUCUGCGACGACAGCAGGCACGGCAGUCCACCGAUGAAGAACGCGAGAAUGCGAUCGUGAGGCUUUCAAAUUGGCGCCGGACAACCUUUGACGGACUCGGUGAUGCACUUUCAACCCCGGCUGCUCAAGACCACCGCGCAGAGCUGGUCGAGCAUUCCAUCGCAGAACUUGCCUCUUUCUUGACUAGUCAGUUGCAUGAUGCAGCCUUGCCAGGUUUGGAAGCUGGUGUCCGGAUGAUCAUCGAGAAUACCAUCAACAUCACGGAGAAAAUCCCACUCGAGGCCCGUGAUGUCUGCGUGGAGUACUUCCCGCCGAAUAUCUCCUUUGUCGAAGGGUACAUGAAAGUGGAAGGCGGGCUGCCACCACUUACUCACCCACCACCACCCGCAGACCAGGAAGCCGACGACCCUGCGGCUGUGGACGAUGACUCCUCGCCCGCUUCCAACUCGGCCGGACCCGGGGACAUCGGGUCAGCACCUGCACCCAAGCCGCAAAAGAAAUCCGUCUUCGGCGCGCUAAUGGGCCGUAAACCUGCCGGUCCAGGUCCAAGCCGUCCCUCCGCUGGGACACACGAAGAAAAGCCGGCUCCGACAGAGGAACGAGAGACGGCAUCCCGAAUCCGCUUUGCCUCCUUCCUAACAGUCGAAGUCCGUGGUAAAGGGCCGCCAAUGGUCUUAGUCAAAUCACCCGUGUGGAUGAUCGAGUAA